AUGUCGGGAAAUAGGAAAUCAGUCGAGGUCAUGACAACAGGAUACAAGGUGGAGCUGGAGGCAGAAACGAUUCCUUCUACACACAUUCAAGGCGCAAGACUUCACACAAUUACUGCUGCCCUUGCCGUCUGUCUAUUUUUAACCAAUCUGGAAAUCCCGAUCGUGACAACCGCCUUGGUCCGAAUCACCGGGGAAUUGGGAGGUUUGAAUAGGAUAUACUGGAUUACUACAGCGUAUAUGCUAGGAUAUGCCGGACUGCUUGUCAUCUCGGCCAAGUUCAGCGACAUAUUUGGCCGCAAGUCAUGCCUACUGGUCGCUGUUUUUCUCUUCGUGGUGUUUUCCGGGGCUUGCGGGGCAGCCCAAACCAUGGAGCAACUGAUCGUCUUUCGUGCUUUUCAGGGUGUUGGCGGAGCGGGCAACUAUUCUCUCUGUGCUGCCAUUCUGCUGGACCUGGUCCCGACAGAGAAAUAUGCGACGUACAUGAGUUCACUAUCCCUGGUAUACGCGAUAUCCUUACUAUUUGGACCUCUGAUGGGAGGGGGUAUCUCCGACUCGUCCACAUGGCGCUGGGUGUUUCUGUUGAAUGUCCCUCCGGGCGCACUGGCUGGGAUAGGGCUCGCUCUGGUCCUUCCCAAUCGGUUCCCCUAUCACAACGAACCAUCCAAGGAGAAGACAAUGUCAUCCGUGCUGACAUCAUUGCGGCAAAUGAUUCAAAGAGUCGACUUACUCGGCUCCAGCUUGCUGUUAGUUGCAACAAUUCUCCUGGUAACGGCUUUGGAGGAAGCCAAUGAGGAAUACACUUGGAAUUCGGCUUUUACCAUUGUGCUGCUUAUCAUCUCCGGACUGGCGUGGAUCGCCUUUCUACUGUGGGAAAGACGGGUGACACUCUAUUCUAAGCACAUUGAGCCGGUCUUUCCGUGGAGGUCUUCUUUCUCUGCCAUUGUUAACCCGGCUAUUUCAUUGACUGGCAUCUCUGCCACCCUAAGAAAUUCCGUCUGUCUGGGGGCAGUGUGGUUCUCGACCAUGUUCCAGUUACCCCAGCGGUUCCAAAUCGUCAACCAGCUUACGGCUUUCCAAGCGGCUGUCCGAUUCAUCCCUUUCACCGUGGCGAGUCCCGUGGCAUCCGUCCUGGCACCGGCUAUCGGAAAAGUGUUCAAGAUUCCGCUGCUAUACCUGGUAAUCUUCGCGUCUUUGCUGCAGGUGGUUGCUUACGUCCUUCUGGGCACUCUCCCCGACUCACUGUCGAUCACCUCGGCGCAGUAUGGAUACCAGGUCCUGGCCGGCUUCGGGUGUGGCAUCAACAUCACCCUGCUGAUCCUGAUGACACCCUUCACGAUCGAAAAGCGAGACAAUGCAGUCGCCAUGGGGGCCAUUACGCAGUUCCGAGUCAUGGGUGGUUGCAUUGGAAUUUCUGUGCUGACGGCAGUGGCCAAUGGUUACCUGCAGUCUCACUUGCAGCAAUGGCUCACCCCGACCGAGAUGCAGUUGGUCCUGCACUCCGCGGAAAGCCUUUCCACUCUCCCAGCGUCAGCACAAAGCCUAGUUCGCGGGACCUUCUCGGCCAGUUACAAUCUGCAGAUGAAAAUUUUGGCGGGGUUCGCUGGGGGCCAGGUUCUGGCCUCGGUGCUUAUGUGGCAGAGGGAACAAAUCAUCGUCUAA